AUAGAGAGAGAGGGGAAGGAGGAGGGCACAAGAAGAUUAUUUAAUGCCGGAGUAGAUCUGAUGGCAUGUAUUUACAGUUAUGGCUCUCUACAAGGUGAUCGGUGCGGUGGCUCUACUGACUCUCCUGACACACGAGUCUCAUUCACAACUAGAUGUGUGCGGUAUAACUCGGCUCAACACCAGGAUUGUUGGAGGACAGAACGCCCCUCCGGGUAACUGGCCCUGGCAAGCCAGCCUGCAAACAUCUGGGGGCCACUUCUGUGGAGGAUCCCUCAUUAACAGUCAAUGGGUGCUGACUGCUGCUCACUGCUUCUCAACCAUCCCAGCCAGGCUGACUGUGUCUCUGGGUCUCCAGAGUCUACAGGGACCCAACCCCAAUGGGGUGUCUCGGACGGUAACAAAGGUCAUCGUAAAUCCUAACUAUAACGCCAAAGCUGAUGACAACGACAUCUGCCUCCUGCAGCUCUCCUCACCGGUGACGUUCACAGAUUUCAUUGUUCCGAUCUGCCUGGCAGCUCCAGGCAGCACCUUCUUCAGCGGCGUUAGCUCCUGGGUGACCGGCUUUGGCGCCAUUGCAUCCGGAGUUUCCCUUCCUCCCCCAGGAAACCUAAUGGAGGUGAAUGUGCCAAUCGUGGGGAACAGACAGUGUAACUGUGACUAUGGUGUGGGCCGAAUCACGAACAACAUGAUCUGUGCUGGGUUAAGUGCUGGAGGGAAGGACUCCUGUCAGGGGGAUUCAGGUGGUCCGCUGGUGAGCAAGCAGGGCAGCCGCUGGAUCCUGGGGGGAAUCGUAAGUUUUGGAAAUGGUUGUGCCAAACCUAAUUUCCCAGGAGUCUACACCAGAGUGUCCCAGUAUCAGUCCUGGAUCAACAGCCAGAUCACCAGCAGCCAGCCGGGCUUUGUCACCUUCACGUCCACAGGAACGGACAGUGACCUCAGCAUCAGCUGUGCUGGCCUGCCACCGCCUCCAACCACCCUCCCUCCAACCACUACAACCACCACUGCCAAACCUGUGUUCUGUGGCCAAGCCCCAUUGAAUAGUAUUUUGGGAGGAAGUUUGGUGGCGACGGCUGGUUUGUGGCCAUGGAUGGCGAGCCUACAAUGGAAUGGAAGUCAUAUGUGUGGCGGGACUCUGGUGGCCGUUGACUCCGUGUUGAGCAACGCCGACUGCUUCUCAAGUUCACGAACACCGUCUGAAUGGACUGUGGUGUUGGGUCGGUUGAAACAGAAUGGAUCUAACCCCUUUGAGGUGACACUGAAUGUGACAAAUAUCACCCUGAGCAACCUGAAUGGGUCAAAUGUAGCAGUGCUGCAUCUGUCAACCCAACCCAACCUGUCCAACUACAUCCAGCCCAUCUGCCUUGACAACGGACUGACCUUCGCUUUGGGCUCCACGUGCUGGGCUGCUGGCUGGAACGCCGAUCAAGGAGGGGUGGAACAAGUUCUGCAGGAGUUCCAGACAUCGGUGGAAAAUUGUGGGAACGGGUCGUCAAGUGACAGCAUUUGUACCAGAACUUUAACACUGGAGAAGGGUGAUUCUGGAGGUCCGUUGAUGUGUAAGCUGGGCAGCUCUUGGUUCCAGGCAGCAGUGUUAUCAGCUAGAAACACCACCAGACAAACACGAGAUGCAGUGAUGCAAUUCCCCAAACUGAGCACCUUUCGAACCUUCCUGGCUCGUACAGUGGGGUUCUUAUCUCCACCUUCAAACUCCACCAACACCAGCGCCAGCAACAGCACCAACACAACUCUCCCCAACGGUGGUGCCACUCCUGCUCACUCCCUGGUCUUCCUCUUUUUCCAUCUCCUAGUCUUCUCGGCGUGUCUUCAACUUUUCUUAUAGAAGCCUCCAACUUUUUUGGAAAGCUUUAAUGUGCAUGAUGUGACGAGCACAAAUGAAUGUAAACAACCUUGUAUCUGAGAGACAAUUUAGGUCAAAGCUGCGUUAACACUAAUGUAUGACUUGAUUGUGCAAAAUACUGACCAGGUAAUGUGAUAAGAUCACAGUAUGAAGUAUGAGGUUUAAUUGUAAUGUAAAAAAGAUAAUGGUCCAACAGAUGUGGCUUAAUGUAACAUGUAGAGACAGAUGUGGAGGCUUUACAUUAAUGUAACGUGUAGAGACAGAUAUUGAAGCUUUAUGUAAAUGUAACCUGUAGAGACAGAUGUGGAGGCUUUUACGUUAAUGUAACGUGUAGAGUAAGGGGGAGAUUUGUUUUUUAAAUGAAAACUUUAAAAUGAAUUGACUUUGAAGGACUCAGACAGUGUCUCUUUCUGGGUUUCUGAAGGGUUACUGCUAUCAGUCUAAAAUGAAGGUUGUAAAAUGAAGACUGGUUUAAGUUGCACUAAACAAAUGUCUAUGUAAUAUGUAGCCGAGCAUUCCAGCAUUUCUUGUUCUUGUUUUUAUUAUUAUUAAUUAAAGGUAUUAUGGAGGAUUUUCUAUU